AUUGUGGAGACUAUAUUAAGCUUAACUAAGUCACUAUUUAUAUGAGUGCGGACCCGGCAAAUCUCUUACUCAUCGCCAGACGGCGGAUAAGCCCACGUUGCGAAACGUCGAGUCUUUCUAUAUAGAAUUGUAAGUAACGAGAAAAGGAACAACAAAACGCACCGUUUACAGUUUGCUCCUUUCAUUUCGUUGUUGCGUUCUUUCACUCGGUUUUCAAUUUCUCGACGGAUCGGCGAACGAUCACUGAUCACCGAUCUGCCCUUACAUCGAGAUCGUUGCGAUUGAAAUGCAAUAAAAUUUGAACCCGAUGUGAAACGAAAAGAUUAAAAAAAAAAAAAAAAAUACUCACGAUUCAAGAAGCUCGUAUAUUUUCAACGAAAAUCGCUGCGUAAUUUCAACACAAGAAACUUAAUCUUGCAAACGUGGGUUAUCGAAGAACAUAUUUUAGGGGAAUUUUUUCUGACCUGUUGAUUCUAAGCACCCACGAAAACUUCGCUACGCAAAAAAUAAGUAUAAAACGUGGGUAUUACUGAUCAAAUGGAAAGUCUGGUGGGAAUUGGUAGAGGCAUGUGCAGGGACAGUGACUGAAAUUAAAAUAUUAUUCACCGUACAGUGAUAAAAUCAAACCAUUUGCACGAUUGGAGCAGAGGGAAAAAGGAAGAAUAACAAACACUCGAACAAUAGUGCAAAUCAUAGUGCUGCCACGGUGUGUUUUGCGGUAUAAAUGGCACUGGUUAAACCGAUUUUGCCAGGCAGGAUGGAGAAAGGACUGGGACACCACGCACAAAUGCUCCUGAAUUCCGGCCACUCGAAGGUUCUUGGAUCAAUCACGAAGAAAGGUGGAGAGAAAGUGUUUCCAGGAAGAAAACACGGAGCACACAUCAGCGUCGUAGGAACGAAACAUCAGUAUUCCUCCAAUCCCAGAGGGGUCUUCGCUCAGUGCCUCGUUACCGGAGCCGUCCUAUUACUCGCGGCCGGAUGUGGCAUGCCCAUAGGAUACAGCGCCAUACUUCUUCCAAAACUUGCCCAAACGAACGGAUCGUUGCAAGUGGACGAGGACCUAGGGUCGUGGAUCGCCUCGGUACACAGUCUGGCGGCGCCGUUUGGCUCGCUGUUAUCGGGUCCCCUGAUGGACGCGAUUGGCAGACGGGGAGCGUUGCAAAUAUCUGCAAUUCCGCUAGCCGUAGGUUGGAUCGUUAUGGGUUUGGCGCAGACCAUAACGUGCAUUAUAGCCGGUAGAAUAAUGUCAGGAUUCGCGGUUGGCCUCGUCGUUGUGCCCGGUCAGGUUCUCCUCGGCGAAAUAGCGGAUCCUGGCCUUCGCGGCAUCCUGGUCGGCGCACCCUUCGCCACCUAUAGCUUUGGAAUUCUGCUGGUAUACGCCCUCGGCGCAAGCUUCGCAUGGAGAACGGUCGCCUUCUGCGGAAUGAUUCUCCCCGGUCUGGCCCUCGUCGCUCUUUGCCUCAGCCCUGAAAGCCCCGUGUGGCUCGUCAGGCGGCGGAAAACCGAGGCCGCCAGAAAAGCUCUCUCGUGGUUUCGCGGGGCGGAUGUGAUGCAGGUGAAAACGGAAAUGGCCCAACUUGAGUCAAGAGCCAGAGAAGACAUCGCUCGAAUAUCAUCAACGGCCACUUUGCGUCAGCAGGCGUCCUCGGCGUUGUCGAAUAUCUUGAGUCCCGGAGUCAUCAAGCCUCUGGCGAUAAUAAACGUGUUCAAUUUUCUUCAGACGUUGUCCGGAACGUACGUCUUCGUCUUUUACGCCGUUGAAUUCAUCAGGGAAAUGGAGGGCGACGGAGUGGAUCACUAUCUUGUGGCAGUGAUCACGGCCGCUGUGAGGUUCGUCUUUUGCCUCGUCUCCUGCGUCCUGCUGCUCACCACGGGCCGAAGAGUUUUGGGAAUCAUUUCGGCGCUCGGAACAGCCGUUACGUCAUUGGUCCUGGCAGGAUACCUGCUGGCCAGAAAAGGGCAGCCGACGACCGACGCGGACAUGUACGUAGUCGGCACCUGCAUAAUCGCUUACGUCAGCGCGAACACGGUGGGCCUUUUAACGUUGCCGGGCCUUAUGGUAGGUGAGCUCUUGCCCCAACACGCUCGAGGAAUAGGCGGCGGUUGCACGUUCUUCCUGUUCAACUUGACUCUCUUCGGAGUGACAAAGGUCUUCCCAGGGGUCAAAGGCGCGAUCGGUAUGACGGGAAUUUUCACGGUAUUUGGCGCCUCGGCACUUUUGGAAGCUGUAUUCGUCUACGUUGCGUUGCCGGAAGCGAAGGGGAGAACGCUUCAAGAGAUAGAAGACUACUUCCAGGAGGGAAACGUUCUCUGGGUUACGAGGAAGAAGCAGCCAAAGAUAAACUCGGCGACUACCCCUUUGGUCAAUGUUUAACGCGUUCACGUGUUAUAGAUUUAGUUUAGGCGGGGCCUAAGUAUUAAAUUGUUAUAUAAUAGACAUAUUGUAAAUAGAGGUGAAAAUUUUUGCUGUGGAACGUUUGGCCAAAUAAUUUAUAGAAAAAA